AUUACAAGCACAAGGAGAGUGCAACAAAACGUGCCCACAGUGAAGCUACAUUUACGCCCAGAAGCAAAACAAGGGCCAUAUUAGCAUUAGGUCAAUGGAUCAGGGAAACUGGACAAAAGCCUGAUCGAGAUGGGGAUGGGGAGAUUGAGCUACAUAUUGAGGUUUUACAAAAAUUCGAAACAAAAAAUAGAUCUGGGCAGAAAUAAAUUGAGUGCACACCGUAGUUAAGUGCUGAAAUGCAGCGUAUGAUGUAUGCACACUGCGAGUUACUUGUACACCGUGAUUUUCGAAGAUAGGAUGAGUCAGAAUUGGUUGGCAGAUGCGUAUACUGCGAUGUAAACAAGUGACACUAAGAAAUCACAAGCAGGAUAGGGGGAGGAUAUUGUCAGCUAAUCGAAAGCCCCAGAACCAACAAUAUAAGUCGUAACGAAGCUUCUGAUUAGAUGAGAGGGUUCCUCUUUACGUCCAGUUUGUGACCUUACAUUUUACUUUUUUAAAAUCUGUGUAGCUUAUACUCUUUGGUGUGGUUGACGUGUGUGGGCAGUGUAUGAGAUUGCGUUGGUUUACGAAGCAGUUACAGCCAGGGCGGCAAAUUUCUGUGCGAAAUCUGGGAAUUCCCAAAGUUGGUAUACAACUAGAGAGUGUGAAUGAACUGUCAAUAUUGACAUUUUAUGAAAUAAAGUUGAACUUAAUGACUAGAAACAAGCGGAAACAAGUCACGAUUCUAAAUAUAAUUAAGAGUUAUAUCAACACCCUGAUUAUAACAAACACUACAAGCAAUUAUCGUUCAAUUAAUGUUUUUUGAUCGUUAUAUUACCCUUGCAUAGCUUGUGAGUUUGAAACAGAGGUUAAAAAAUGAAUACCAUGAAAAGAGUGAAGCUUCAUCACUUCAGAGAAAAAAUUGUUCAAGAUUUGGAUGUAAAAGACAUAAUGGAACAUUUAUUAACUAGUGGAGCGAUAAGUCAUGAAGAUUGUCAAGCAAUUUAUUCAGAGCGAGCACGGACAGAUCAGACUCGUCAUUUAUUGGAUCUAUUGCCUCUCAAGGGUUUUGAAGCAUUUGAUCAUUUUGUGGAAAGUUUAAGGAAGGAUUAUGAUUGGUUAUAUAAAGAAUUUAGUGAAGGAACUUGUGAGACUGACUCAGUUGAUGAGAAAACAUUUUAUGAUGCUUUCCUAUUGGGAGGUGUGCCUCAUCCUCCACCUUACAAUGUUGAUAGACUGAAAAAGUUGGAUGAAACUCAACAAUAUCUGAAAAAAUUGAAAAGAGGUAAUUUUGUUGUUCUUCAUGGAAUGACUGGCUCAGGGAAAUCAUGUUUAGCGGCUGCAGCAAUUGAUAACAGAAAUGUUUUAAUGGGAUCAUUCAAGGGUUCUGUGUACUGGCUGACAUUAGGAGAAUAUGACGAAGAGGAAUUAUUAUCGCAUAUGAUUCAGUUAUUGACUCGCUUAGAAUUAAGCCUACCUCACAUCAGUGCUCACCUUGUUGACAAGCUCCUUAACAACAAAGAAAGAGCUAAGGAAGAGUUAAAACGAUGUUUUUUGGAAGCAGCAUUUCGAGAAGGACUUCUAAUUUUGGACGAUGUUACUUCAGAUAAACAGUUGGAAGCAUUUGAUGUGGGAUGUAAAGUAAUGAUUACUACCAAAGAUCUGCAUGUAAUGAAUAAAGUAAAGGGUCGAUACAAUCUGAUUAAGGUAAAUGAUGGCCUCACAGAAAAUGAAAGUUUGUCACUUUUAGCUCGAAGUAUUGAUGUUCCCAUGGACCAGUUACCUCCACAAGCUAAAGUUAUUCAUAGUCUUAGUCAAGGCAAUGGUGGCCAGCCUUUUAAAUCUAUUGUACCUGAAAUUUGUUGUGGAAUUAUUUACCCAGAAACAAACAGCAUUUCGUGUUCUCUUCACAAGGGUAACAACCAAGGAUCUCCUAUGAUCUUGGCCCUAAUUGCUGGACAGCUAGAAGACAAUAAAAAUGAUGUAAUACGUACAGGUGGACGCUGGGAUUACUAUGUUAACAUGCUGUCUCAAAAAAAUUUUGGAAAAGUUAGAAGAAACAGUUUCUUGGAACAAAAUGGACUGUUUCAAACUAUUAGCAUGUCCAUUAAUAGUUUGCCUUCAAAUAAAAAGGAACUUUAUAUAGAUUUUGCUUUAUUUAUGGAAGAUGUUAAUAUCAAACCAGAGGUUCUUCAAACUUUGUGGGAGGUGGAAACCAAGUAUGAGGUUGAAGAUAUAAUGGCUUAUUUUACAAAGAAGUCUUUAGCAGUAUGCAAAUGGAACGAACAGUUUUGUAGCAGUGUAUAUGGUAUUCAUGAUCUCCUCCUCGACUAUCUCAAAGAUCAGUUAUCAUGUGAAGAAUAUAGGGAACUUCACAGAAAACUCUUGAGAAGAUACCAUAAAAAGUGCAGUGGACAAUAUGCAACAUUACCAAAUGAUAACUACAUAUAUUCAUACAUAGGGUAUCAUAUGUACCAUGCAGGAGAAUGGCAGUUGUUUGAAACAAUUUUUCUAGACUUAAAAUUUAUUCAGUCCAAACUUAGAGCAACUGGCCCAGCAGAUGUGAUAGGAGAUUUCAGAAAAUAUGAAAAUCAAAUCAUCAAUGGGAACAUUGGUAACAAUGAAAAAAUCAGUGAUAUCGUCAAAUUUAUACAAGUGCAUGGUUUAGAUCUGUACAAAUACCAAAAUUUAGAUAUUGUUCAAAGCGGUCUGCUUUGGAGAAAAGGAAGUUGGGUGUACAAUGAAGCUUAUAGCAUUGCAAAAAAAUCGGAGCAGAAAUUAUAUUUUGAAUUUGUGUCAGAGCAAGAUCUUGUGUCACAUCCAAUAACAUUACCACUUCCCGAAGAAAUAGUAUCCGCCUGCUUCACAAAUGAAAUUAAUAAAAUUCUUGUUUCUGAUGGUAAUGGAAUAAUUAAACUUUGGAGACUAGAUCCACUUAGAUCAAUUAAGACUUUCAGAGGGCAUCAUUUUAAAGUGACUCAUAUAGAGCGUCAUCCAGAUAAUCGAAGAUUUCUCUCUUGUUCAGAUGAUGGUUCAUUAAAACUUUGGUGUUUAGAUCACUGUGAAGUAAAUGAUCGUGUUGAAUUAAAUACAUCAGGAGAUAACUUGAGAGUGUCUUCGCCACAAAAUCUUCAGAGAAACUGGAAAAGUAUGUUUCUUGAUGACUCACCAAAGGAUGAGAGUCUAAGAACAUAUAUAAAACAUGAAAAUGCUGUUCUUUGUGCAAAGUUCUCUCAUUCUGGUAAUGAAAUUGUAUCUUGCAGCAAAGAUUGCUUUAUCGUGUGGGACUGUGAAAGUGGUGUAUCUCGAUUCACUUUGGAAGUGGAAGGAGAUAAUAUGGCUACUUGUUGUACGUUUUCCUGGGAUGACACUCGUCUUUUUCUGGGAGAUAAUUCUCAAAUAAAUAUUUAUGAUAAUAAAACUUCUGAAUCUCUUGGAAGUUUUCGUAAUUCUAGCAAUAUUAUUUCUGUGCUUAGUGUUCCCAUUGAUAGUAAUAAAGUUAUAGUUAUUUCAUCGGAAGAGAUGCAAAUUUGGGAAUGGGAUGAACCUGAGAUUUCAAAUCCAGUAAAUCUUCCUUCAGUGGCAACAUUUUCAUUGGGGAAAAUAUCACAGCAUUCAUUUGGUAAAAAAAAGUGUGGUUAUGUGUGCGCGGCUAUUUCAAAUGAUGGAACACAUCUUGUGACUGCUUCAUCUGACUACAUAAUAUCUGUAUAUGACCUAAAAAUGGAAAUUUUAAUAGCAGAACACAAAAAUUACAGUGGGAUUGCUAGAUGCUUAGACACAUAUGUAAAGGAUUGUACUCCUCUUCUUUUAUGUGGGAGUGAUGAUCGAACAGUAAAAAUUUGGCGCCUAGAUCAGAGUAGUACAGUGUCAUCUGUGAACCUACUUCCCUACUUUGAUUCAACAUGGACAUUUAAGGAGGACUGGCAGCCAAUUGUUGCUAUGCCUGAUUCAAAGAAUAGGGUACAGAUUCUCCUUGGUAGUGAAUUCUUACAAGAUACUCCUGAAGAAUCUCAGCAGAUUUUAGUGUGCAGUGUAGCUUGUUCAGGAUGUGUUUUUUAUGGCUGUGCUGAUGGUCAAGUAAAGAUGUUCAAUUUUGAUGAUGGUUCCAGAGAGGUCAUUAUGAAACUGGAUAACAAAGUUACUUACGUACAGUGCUUUCAAAAUGGAAAUCUUUUACUUGUUGCUGCUGGUGACAACACUAGCUUAAAGAUCUGGAAGCAAGACGGUACUGUUUCGGUUUGCUAUGGUCAAACUGGUCCUGUGGUACGAAGCUUUUUGGUCCCGAAUACAGAGCUAUUGCUGGCAUGUAAUGAAGAUGCAGGUGUAAAGCUGUGGGAUGUUUUAAGUGGUGAACUAAGUCAAGUAUUAACUGGGCGACUUUCAAAAGCUUGUAUUACCUCUGCUGAUAUUUCAGAACAAUUUAAUGUUUUGGUAUUGGCUGAUGCAACAUGUAGUUUUCUAGUUGCCACCCUUGCAUUACAUAAGGAUUCUCCUUAUAUAUCUGUUACCUCUGUAAAAGCAAAGAAGAUAGGGAACAAUGAAAAUCCUGCUAUACAAUGUUGUCGAAUAUCACCACUUGGUGAUCUUAUAGCUCUUGGAUUACAUUCUGGCGAAAUUUUGGUGUGGAACUUGAAGAAUUUGCAACUAGUUAAGAAACUGAAGUUACAUACUUCACCUGUGCGGGACAUGUUAUAUACUACAUCUACAAAAUCUAAUAUCUCUCCAAAUUUGGACUUGUUGGUAACUAUUGGAGAGAAAAUUGGAUGGUGGAAUGUGACAAAUUUGCUUGAUGACAAUUCAUCAAAUGCAAACAAUUUAACUUCAAAUACUACUAAUUAUAAUGGAAGACAUUGGGAAAGUGUUACUCAGCAGCGUGAAGGAUCAUUUAAAAGAGAUGACGAACGUGACCCUUUACUUUUGGGCUGUGUAAAAUUAGUAGGUUCUCAUGCAUUGAAAAUUUCUUGCUCUCCUGAUUCUCUAAGCUUCUUGACUGUCGAUACUAGUGGUAUAGUUUAUUUAUUGAAAUUGCUCCACUAGUAUUGGUCUUAAAUUUUAAGUUUCAGUAGAUAUGCUGACUUCGUUGCAGUUUCAAUUGGCUUAUUUUUAUUAUUUAUUUAAAAAUGUAUGCAUUUUUAGAAAUUUGUAAUUAAUGAUAUAAGUACAAAGCAAGAAGGUGCUUAAGUGUGAACUACUGACCUGUGGUUGUUUCUCAAUAGAACCAGGGAUUUUCAGGCCUUUCCCACAUUAGCCCUAGUAUUAACCUUGUAUCUAACAAAUCAUCUCCUAAUGUUACCUGCAUUACAUGCAGGAUUUCUCUCAUUCAAGCCUUCAUGACCAAAUUCAUAAAUACAAAAGUAUGCAUUUACCAGCUCAAUUUCAAGUUGUGUGAACAUUUGUAAGUAAGUAUUUUCUUGCAAAUAUUAUAUUUAGUUUAUGGGAAAUACUUGGUUUUUUAAUCCUGUUUUUUUAAAUAGUUUUUUUAAUCCUGAUAAUAAUUUUUUUAGUUUCGAUAACCUGUGACAUUUCUUCAAAUUUAAGUUAAUUCUACGCUUGAGUGUUUCAGAUUACCAUAAUCUGAAUUAAUAUAUCUUUUUUUAUUUGUUUUUUUUGAAUGAUUGUACAGUGCAUUCCAAAAGUUGUUCCACAGUGACAUCCUCUUUACUGUAAUCCCUUAUAAAUGUUAUUAGCAUUUGGAAUGGCAAAGUUCAAUGGAACUCUGUCAAAUAUUACUUCUGUUUUUGUUGUUCUUCAAAGUGCUUUGCAACUGUGAAUUUCUGUAUUUUUCGCUCAAUGUGCCUUUAUUGUGUGGUUACAUAACAGACUGGGAUGAAGGUACCGUCAGACUGUUUAACAUUGCCAUUUCUGAACCAUAAAUAGAGUGGAAUGGCAAAACAGCGGUAUAACGUUUUUAACUCUGUAAAUACUGCCUUGAAACCUGUGACUGGAAUGCUAGGAAGUGUACUCUUACUUGGAGUAUGUAAAUUUAAUUAUGGUUUUAUAAAUAAUUUGAAUCAUUUUUGUUGUCUUUAAAAAUCCUGAAUUCUGACACUAUUUGUUUGUGAUAUCUGGUCAAGGAGUCUUUACAUUUAUGGUAUAUUUACAUGUAUAUUAAUGGUACAGAACAUCUCUUUAAAAUGAAAGGUCAAUCCAUUUUUAGUGGUCCAACACUGGACGCUCAACCAUCUUGAAAAAAAUUCAUAUUUUGUACAUACAUUUCCUUAUGUUUUGGCUGUUCAAAAACAUAUUUAAUUUUUUUUAUUGCACCUGGUUUACAAAUGGCGGCCAUUUUUGUUUUACACUGUGCGCCAUGCUUCCGUUUUAACGGUUUCGGUUCUGCUUUUAAAAUCAAAAUGACUAUAGUUUAAAUA